AUGGUUCGAGCGAUGCCCAUCCUCAUGCUUCUUCUGCUCCUUCCUGCUUCAGGAAUGCGGAGUGUGGAGGAAGAGAGCCGCGAGGUCGGGGAGCAGCGCGGCAACGUCGGCGAGGUGGCCGAGCACUAUGUCAAGGAGGGACUCUCGGACACAGGGCACUGCCACGGCGAGACCACGACACCAGAAAACAAGAAGACAGCAUGCGAUACAGAUAGAGAUUGCAAACUUUGUGGUGCUGACUGGACCUGCUUCCACAUGAAGGAAGAUACGUACAAGAUGAAACAGCAGCUGUAUCCAGAGACCCAGUGGUUGCAAUCCUACUGUCACCACCUCUGA